AUGCGGUGGAUUCUUUCUUUUCUGCUGCUAGGCCUGCUGGCCGUUGUGCAGGCGGCGAGCGCGAGUGGGAAUAAACUGUUGGUGGUGAUUGAAGAGUUGGCUGAGAAGUCCAAGUACUCGAAGUAUUUGGGGGAUCUUGAAGCUAGAGGCUUUAAACUCACAUACGAAUCACCGAAGAGUGAUAAAGUUGCGUUGUUUGAAUUGGGCGAGAGAGCUUAUGACCACCUACUUAUUCUACCACCAAAGUCGAAAGGCCUUGGUCCACAAUUGACACCUAAAAUCCUCCUUGAUUUCAUCAACGCCGGUGGAAAUAUCCUCCUCACACUUUCGUCGUCCCAUCCUACACCCUCCGCCCUCGUAUCCCUCCUCCUCGAACUCGACAUCCACCUUCCCAGCGACCGCACUGGUCUGGUAGUGGACCACUUCAAUUACGACACCAUCAGUGCCGCAGAGAAGCACGAUGUCGUGCUCGUCCCGAGACCAGAUGCUCUCCGAUCAGAUGUCAAGAACUUCUUCGCUGGAGACGGCAAAGACGUGAUUGCAUUCCCCAAAGGUGUGGGACAGACUCUGGGCAAUACUAGCCCAUUGUUGACUCCUAUUCUCCGAGCACCUAGAACGGCAUACUCAUAUAACCCCAAGGAAGAGGUUGAGGGCGUGGAUGAUCCGUUUGCGGUCGGACAGCAAUUGUCUCUUGUUACUGCGAUGCAGGCGAGAAAUUCUGCUCGUUUUACGGUGAUUGGAGCUUCCGAGAUGCUUGAGAAUGCUUGGUUUGAUGCUAAGGUCAAGCCGAGUGCUGGCUUGACUGGAGCUGCUUCGGACAAGGCUGCCAAGACGGCCAACCAGGCUUUCGCAAAGGAAGUCACGGGCUGGACGUUUAAUGAAAUUGGUGUUUUGAAGGUUGGCAAGAUUGAGCACCACUUGGAUGAAGGCGAGACGGAGCCUGUGAUAAACCCCAAGAUUUACCGAGUCAAGAAUGAUGUGAAAUACUUCAUCGAACUCUCUGAAUAUCAAUGGGAUAAAUGGGUCCCCUUCCAACCCGCCGAGGGCGAUAACGUCCAACUCGAAUUCUCCAUGCUGUCGCCUUUCCAUCGCCUCCCACUAACCCUCUCCUCCACUACCCCCACGUCGACAAUCUGGACGACCUCAUUCAAAAUCCCCGACCAGCAUGGAAUCUUCAACUUCAAAGUAAACCACAAGCGGCCCUUACUCUCCAACAUCGAAGAGAAGAACACCGUUACCGUGCGCCACUUUGCACACGAUGAGUGGCCGCGCAGUUGGGCCAUUACCGGUGCUUGGCCCUGGAUGGCGGGUAUUGCGGUCACGGUCGCCGGGUGGGUAGGCUUCGUGGCGUUGUGGUUGUGGAGUAAGCCUGUGCCGUUGAAAUUGACGAACAGUGGAAAGAAGGUUGUAUGA